AUGGACACUGCAGAGUCAUUAUCGGGACAAGAACAUCAGUUUUCAUUAGAGGAAGGUGUAUACGAUCUCAGAAAGCAGUUUUUUCUAAAUUCUAUUCCAUAUUCUUUAGAAAAUGUUAAUACAGAUCCUUUAUCAAUUGAUAUAAAACCUAUAACAAAUAAAAUGGAAAUUAGUAUAGUAGAUAUCAGACAGGACAAAUACCCGUCUCAAAUGAAGCCGUUAUUUGAAGACAAAAAUUUAUCAAUUAAAGAUGAAUUAUCAUUAGAUCAAACAAAUGAUUCUAUGUCAUCAGUAUCACCAAAUGGGACAGAUCUAAUAAAAGAUAUAUCGCUAGAAUCGAAGAAUAUGAAUGAAUACGGCCCUUUUCCAACAAAUUUAUUUUCUAAUCGAAUAUCUUUUGCAGGAAACGUUCCAGAAACAUCAAAAGAGAAUAAUACUAUGAAAUCUCACUAUCCACUCCAUCUAAAAAAUACAAAUGUUCCUGUAAAGAAACUUAAACCCAAAAACAGCAUAUUAAAAGCAAGCUCAUCGUUUAUUUCAAGAAUUAUUUUACAUGAUGACAUGACAAAAUGUUUAGCUUCUAAAACAUCAGAUAUUAUUUAUAUUUUCUCGAAUGUAGAAAAAGUUUUCAAUUGGAUUGGAAUAUUUUCAGAGGUUAAGGAAGAAUUUAUUUCAAAAAUUAUUUUUUCUAAAGCAUAUAUUACAUGCCAUGAUGCGAAUCAAUAUACACGAAGUAUCAAUCAGAUUGACACUGUUUUUGGCUUUUCAACAUCAGAUAUUAUUUGGUUUGAUCCAAUUAGUACAAAAUAUACACACUUAAAUAAACAAGGUGUUAUUAAUUCAUCACCUAUCAAUUGUAUAAAAUGGAUACCUGGCACUGAAGAUCUUUUUAUGGCUGCUCAUAAUGAUGGCUCAUUAAUUAUAUAUAAUAAAGAAAAAGAGAAAUGUUUUUUUGUGCAAAAUGAAAGUUUUAUAGAAAAGUCAGAUUCAUAUGAAUUUAAAGUACUCAAAUCAUUAUCUGAUACAGAAAAUCAAAGAUAUAAUCCAAUUUCUUAUUGGCAAUUAUAUAAACAUUCGCCAACAUCUCUUUCAUUUUCUCCAGUCUCUUGUCAUGUUGCAGUAGCAUUUUCUAAUGGUACAUUAAAACUAAUAGAUUAUAAGAAUGAAAAACAUAUUGAUACUUAUCAUAGUUGGUAUGGUGGACUUAUUUGUGUAUGUUGGUCUCCAGAUGGACAAUAUAUAUUGACAGGGGGAGAAGAUGAUUUGGUUACUAUAUGGUCGUUUUUAGAUAGAAGAAUUGUUUAUCGUUGUCAAGGUCAUCAAUCCUGGGUAACUGGUGUCGCAUUUGAUCCGUGGAGAUGUAAUAAAAACCAUUACAGAUUUGGCAGUGUUGGAGAAGACGGUCGACUAUUAUUAUGGGAAUUUAACGCAGAUACUUUCAAUAAAUCCAAGGAUUUUAAUCAAACCAAUGGUUAUUUUCCUCUCAAAAACAACUACAAAUCUAUCAAAACACCUCAAGACACUGAAACACAAAAAAAGUCUUUACACAUAUCUUCUGAACCUUUUGACCAUGCACCAAUGUCACAAGCAUCUGUAUCUAUUCUUUCUCCUAUCAUGUCUAAAAUACUAAGCGAUCAAUCAUUAACUGGGCUAAUAUUUUGCCAAAAUUUUAUAGCUAUUUCAGGGAAAAAAAAUUUUAUUCAAAUAUGGGAUAGACCAUAAUACUUACCAUUUAAUUCUCCUUCUACACAUACAUUAUUUAUCUUAAAACGCUUUCUCAUUCCUCAGUAUUUUCAUUUUUUUACUUAUUUUUCUAUUACAGCUCUCAAACUUAAUUAUUAAACACGAAAAUAUAUCAUUUCUGGUCAAAAAAAACAACAAAACAAAAAACAAUCUUUCUAUCUAUC